CAUUUCGAGUCUCUCUCUCUCGCUUCCAACCUCAUUCCAUGGCUGACAAUAGCGAUUUGUUUCCACGUUUCUUCAAAGUUUUCCUCUCUGAAACGGCUUCUGAAUCGUUGGUGAUUCCAUUGUCUUUCAACGAAUUUCUUGCUGAUCCAUUGCCAAAGACAGUGAAGCUCCAAGGUAUUGGAGGAAAGAUUUGGACUGUGAGCUUGGAGAAGAUAAGCGGGGCUGUGUAUUUUACUACCGGAUGGUCAAAAUUCGCAAAGGACCACGAGCUGAAGAACGGAGAGUUCAUGACAUUUGUGUAUGAUGGUCAUCGUACCUUUGAAGUGAGUGUCUUUGAGCGUUUUGGGUUCAAAGAGACCAGAGCUGAAAUACAAGCCAUACAACUUUCUGAUUCUCAUUCUGAUUCUGUUGUGGAAGACGAAGAAGAUUCAUCUGAUGUUGAUGUUGAUGAUGAUGAUGAUGGUAGCUUUGGUGAAGAUGAAGAAAUCAGCCAGAGUCUUUAUCCAAUUGACGAUGAAGAGACCAAAACCGAUGCUGCAGUUUUUGAAGGGAACUUAGACAUUCAAGCUUUAACUAAUCCACACUUUCCGACCAGGCUCAAGAACAGGAUUUAUGAACUGUUGAUCCCAGCCAAUGUCGUGAAUGAUAAUAAGCUUAAGUUUGGUGAUUCCGUCAAGUACAUUGAUGGAGAAGGGACAUUAAUAGGGCUAAAAGGAAAAUGGGCUGAUAAGAGGAUUUGCUUCAAAGGAUGGGACAGGAUUUGCAGAAGGAACAGGCUUAAAAAACAUCAAGAUACUGUCGAAUGCGAGCUUCUUCAUGAUGACCAGAGGAUGGUUCAUUCCAUCAGAGUCCAUGUCUUGCGCAGAACUGAUUGAUCCUCUUACCAACCACCAUCAUCACUAUCACUAUCACCAUUAUCAUCACUAUCAGCAUUAUCAUUAUCAUCAGUACUUUGAGACAUGACUUCUUAUUAUGGCUUUUGUUUCUUUAGGAGUCUUCUUAUGUUUCUUCUUAGGCUUUAUCUUAGUAGUACCUUCUUCAUCCCCAAGAAAACUUAUGAACUUAUUGCUGUUUCUUGUUAUAUUUGAACUGCAAGUUAUUAAAUGCAUCUAUGGCUU